AUGGGUUCCAAUAGUCCCUCGAGCUUUCCUAGAUCCUUCACAUACCUCAUGAACCAAACCGGUACACCUCAAACACCUCCGUUUUGUACCCAAUCACCUUCGUUUAGUACCCAAACACCUCUCUUUGGUACCCAAACUCCUCUGUUUAGUACUCAGACACCUCUCUUCGGUGACCAAACUCCUCUCUUUAGUACCCAAACCAGCUCCACCGCAGAUGACGCUGAUGAUGGAGACGAGAGCUCACCAUUGGCUACACGGGAAGCGAGAAGAAGAUGGUCAAUCGCAGAAGAUGGGGCGCUGGUGACCGCGUGGUUAAACACUAGCAAAGAUGGCGUGACUGCAAAUGAACAGAAAGCUCAAGCGUUUUGGAAACGGGUUUGCAUCUACUAUCAUGGGUGUACUGCGGUGAAGGACUUCCCUCCUCGCCUGUGGAAUACUUGCAAGCAGAGAUGGACGAAAAUAAACAAAGAAGUGCAGUGGUUUUGCGGAUGCUUUGACAUGGCGAGCCGUCAAGCUACAAGCGGCCAAUCCGAUGAUGAUAUCUUCCAGAUGGCUUACAAGUUCUAUUACCAGGAUCAUAAGACCAACUUCGUCUUAGACCAUGCGUGGAGAGCUCUUAGAAACGAUCAGAAGUGGUGUUCUCAAUAA